AGGAAUCCAUCACCAUACUAUUAUUCCUGUGCUGCUCAAGGCUUGUGCUUUUCUCUCCUUCCUCCACCAUGGGAGGGGUUUGCAUGCCGAGUGUGUCAAACUUGGGGUCGACCAUGAUGUGAUUAUAGGAACCUCAUUGGUUAGCAUGUACUCUAAGUGUGAAGAUGUAAUUACUUCUCGUAGGAUGUUUGAUGAAAUGCCGGAGAGAAAUGUUGUCACAUGGAACGCCAUGAUAUGUGGGUAUUCAAGGGAUGGAGACAUGGGUUCUGCCCUAAAUCUAUUUCGACAGAUGCACGAGAAGACGCCAGUGACAUGGGCGGAGAUGAUUGAUGGGUUGGCAAGAAAUGGCAAUAUUGUGAGCGCUAGAAGACUGUUUGAUCAGGCUCCUCUUGAGAUGAUGAAUGUGGUGAUAUGGACCGUUAUGGUUGAUGGGUAUGUGAGCAACGGACAGAUGGAGGCAGCAAGGCAGCUUUUCGAAGAGAUGCCUCAACGAAAUUUCUUUGCUUGGUCAUCAAUGAUUGCUGGAUAUUGCAAGAAAGGUGAUGUGAAGGAGGCUAAGGCCAUGUUUGACCGUAUUCCAGUUCGGAAUUUGGUGAACUGGAAUUCAUUGAUUGCUGGCUAUGCACAGAAUGGAUUUGGCAAGGAAGCUCUAGAAGCAUUUGUGAAAAUGCAGGCUGAGGGGUUUGAGCCGGACGAAGUUACAGUCACAAGCGCAUUAUCCGCCUGUGCAACUAUGGGUUCUUUGGAUUCUGGUAAAGAAAUCCAUAAUCUAAUAAAUCACAAAGGCAUCAAGCUUAAUCAGUUUGUUCUGAAUGGUUUAGUAGACAUGUAUGCAAAAUGUGGAGAUUUGGGCAAUGCGAAACGGAUCUUUGAAGCAAUGCCCCAAAAGAAUGAUGUUUGUUGGAAUGCAAUGAUAUCAGGCCUUGCUGUUCACGGACGGAGUGAAGAUGCACUUGAGCUUUUUGGCCAAAUGGAGGAGUCAAGUGAGAAGCUCAAUGAGGUCACAUUUCUAGUUGUUCUCUCAGCUUGUGCACAUGGAGGUUUUGUUAAUGAAGGGCUAGAAAUCUUCUCCAAAUUAAAGGAACAAAAUGGUCUAGUUGUGGGCAUUGAGCAUUAUGGGUGCAUGGUGGACCUUUUGGGACGAGCCGGGAGAUUAAAUGAAGCUUAUGAUUUGAUCAAGAAGAUGCCAAUGAAACCAAAUGAUGUAGUCUGGGGGGCUCUACUUGGAGCUUGCAGGAUCCAUUUGGAUACAAGGAUGGUGGAGAGAGUAGAUGAGGAAGUUGGGAUGCUGGAGCCUGACAAUGCUUCUAGUGAUGAUGCACGUUUUGUGCUGUUAGCAAAUAUUUAUGCAGCUUCAGAUCGAUGGGAGAAAGCUGAAAGCACCAGGAUGAUGAUGGGCAAUAGAAGGGCCCAGAAGACACCUGGGUGCAGUUCAGUCAUGCUUGGAAAUAUUGAGCACCAGUUUCAUGCAGGAGCUCAAGCAGAUCCACGGACCCAUCAGCUGUAUGGUGGAGUGACCUAUGGAAGGAAUAAACUUGUUUAAGAUUAAUCAUAAGUUAUAACCAAGGUAGGAAGGCUAUAAUUGCUGUUUUAUAUGUAGUUCUGAAACUAUUCCAUGGGGUAUAAAAUGCUUCCUCUGUAGAGAGCUUUUCCUGAAAAGGCUGAUCCGGAUACAA